AUGAAAACAUUCCAAAGAGCGAUUCAAGAGCAGGAAUCUGUGAAAUUCUAUGGCAAAAUAAAUAAACAAUUCAUAGGAAUACUGAUUUUGGUCUUCAUUUUCUUGCCCCAAGGAAUGGGAGAUUUGUUUUUAUUUAAUUCGCUCUCCAAAAAACUGGAAAAGUUUCAACCAAAGGAUCCCAAUGAUAUUAAGGUGUAUAUAUGUGGACCCACUGUAAUAAUGCAAGAAUAUUUCAAAUAUGAUAUUACACUGGUAAUGAACAUCACCAACAUAGAUGACAAGAUCAUCAACAGAUCCAAUGAGAGCAAUAUUCCCUGGAAGCAGUUGGCAGAUAGAUUUGAACAUGAAUUCCUGAUGGAAAUGGAGAAUCUUAAUGUCCUCAGACCCAACUUUAUAACAAGAGUUAAUGAAUAUGUUCCUGAAAUCAUCCAAUUCAUCGAAAAAUUAGAGUCCAAAGGCUUUGCAUAUGAAUUCAACGGCUCUGUUUAUUUCGAUCUGGAAGUGUAUAAAAAAUCGCACAGGUAUAACUUGCUGAGGCCUGAAACCACUAAGGCUGCAGCUGAGACCAAUCCAAUACCAUCGGUGAUGGAAGGGGAAGUCUUGAAUUCAGAUAUUAAGAAAAAUCAGGAUGAUUUUGUUCUGUGGAAGGCCUCAAAAGAUAAUGAACCUUCUUAUAGUUCCAAGUGGGGUCUUGGAAGGCCUGGAUGGCAUAUAGAGUGUUCAGUUAUGGCAUCGGAAGUCUUUGGGAAUAAGUUAGAUAUUCAUGCAGGGGGAAUAGAUCUUUGUUUCCCACAUCAUGAAAAUGAAAUAGCUCAAUGCCAUGCCUAUUUCGAUGGGGAUAAUAAUGAACAAGUGGAUGGACUUGAGAGGAAUACUAUGGGAGAUGACGAGAAAGAUCCCAGCAUAUCAUCUGACAGUUGGGUAAAUCCCAUGAAUUAUGAUCCAGAGCAAAUCAAGAGAGCAGAGGCUACGAAAAAGAAACUGUACAACUUCAUUUCGAAUGUGGAUGCAAUAAUUCAGGAUCGCAUAAAUAGUAUGGCAGGAACUAUUGGGACGUGUAAGAUUCUAGAUCAGAUGGAUAGUUUAAAGAUGAACUCUGACAGUAAAGAUUCAGAUAAGCUUUCGACAGUGAUCAGUGAAAGAUGCUUGAUUAGAUCUUCUCUUAAUGAUUUGGACAAAUCUCUCUACAAUGCCCUUAAGGGCUGCAAGACUACUGUUGAUGAAUCGUUUUGUAAUAACUUGAACACAUCGAAGGCCUUGGAUGCUAUUCUUAAUCUUAUUACAACCACCAACAUCAAUCUAAGGCUCUUACAUUCAGACAUUCUGAUUACCAUCAAUAGCUUCGUCAAACGCAUUCUGAAAAUAUUUGGUUUAUUGGAGCACUAUGGCAACCAUGAUUCAGGCUCUCUGGCAACAUUGGACACAAUGGCCAAUAUUUUAAAUGAUUUUAGAUCAAAUGUUAGAUUGGCUGCCAAAAACAAGAUGGAUUUCAAAAAAUACUUUGAACUUUGUGAUUCAGUAAGAAAUAAGAUUCGAGACUGUGGCUAUCAGAUUGAUGAUGAAAAGGAGGGAUCAUUGAUUAGGAAAACUUUUAGCUCCACAGUGUUCAUUGGACGGAUAGUUCCUUGCAAAGAGUCGAUCACUUUCCUUUAUAUCUGA